CAGAAUAGCUUUUACAUACUUUAUAACUACCCUGUAGUGAAAUGCCUUCAAGAUACAUGAAAGGAUUUCAAAGAAUUUUACGAUUUAUCCAACACUAAUCUUGUGAUAUUCUAUUCUUAGACGUCAACGAGUGUUCUACCGGUGCUGAUGACUGCGACGGUAAUGCCAAGUGUAAAAAUAUUGUUGGAUCUUACACUUGUACCUGCAAAAAGGGUUUUACAGGAAAUGGAAAGACAUGCACUGGUAAGAUUUCUUUCUUUCUGGCUGGUAGUCUACAUAAUUAUUCAGACCUUCCUUUUUUCCAACAACAUAAGAAUAAAAUGUGUUUAAUAAUAUACAAACUCUCUUCCUCAAACGAUGGAUCCGCGCCAUCUUGUCUUGUUCCAAUCGUGGACUCUUUCUUUUCUAGCAGCUCUUUUAGGUCUUGUAAAUCUUUCGUUAGAGUGUCAAGUUUACUCUUCAAGCCUUCGGCUCAAAAAAGUUAUGCAUGCUACCUAAAGCGCACGCUUUCCCGUUAUAUUAUGAACUUCUCCUGUAUUUUUUCAACACUCCCACUAAUUAAAUAAGAAAGGAGCCAAGAUAUGGCAAAAGUCUUAUAAUACAAGAACCUCAUCUAAUAACAAAUAUUCAUAGCUGCAAACUGUUUCUUUUUAGAUAUUGACGAAUGUGUUGUUCAGAAUGGUGGAUGCUCUCACGACUGUGAAAACAUACCUGGCAGCUACGAGUGCGUUUGCCCAGAUGCAGAGCUCUCAUUGGCUGAGGACAACCAUACUUGUGAAGGUAACACAGGACAUAGUGGUCACUGUAUGGACAAUGUCAAAUGUCAACAGUUAGUAGCUCAUACAAUAGUUGUUACUUGUUUUUUGAAAGAAAAUUCUUGAUAACGCAAAAAUUAAAUUGUCGAAAAGGGUAAAAGAUGAUUGCCGUGGACGUUUCCCGCCAUCUCCUACUGAUUAGCGUCGAAGUGUUUUAGACUUCCAGAUUACUUUAGAGGAAUUUCUUAGGAUAUUCUUGGUGUUCAUAAACAACUGCAGAAUUUAGUACAGCAUUUGAUCUUGCAGUUAAGCUUCCUUCGCUUGACACCUCUUAUCUCAUCUGAAGAAAAUCCUACUACUUAGCUGAGAAUAAUUGGCGUGAAGAUGAACCCAUAAAUUUCUUGCAAAUCUUCCACGAUAUAACCUGACCCUUGUUGAUGGGUGAUCAGCUCUUAUUAAAAACCGUCUACAUUUUUUUCUUCAGCAAAAGGCGUGCUCGUCCGUUGCCUUCAAAACAAGAUGUCCAUCGCUAUCCCCAAGCUCAUUCUCAAAGGAAUGGACCGAGAGCAUAUUCGUCUCCUGGACCCAAAAUGCGGAGCAACUGAGAAUACCACACAUUUCACUCUGACAACAGCACUGACGAAAUGCAACACAACACGAAGACACACCAAGUCUUCUAUUGUAUAUAGCAACACUGUGCUAGAGAUUCCGCUGAAAAAUAAUGACAUCAUUACCCGUGUCAGGGAAAUUGAGAUUCCAUUCAGUUGUUACUAUUCUAAUAAAAGAACAGCCACAGCCGUUGGAAUGAGGCCCGAAAACCGAAAGCUGGUUUUCUCGGAGAAAGGAAAAGGAAACUUCACCAUUAUGCUGGAAUUAUUCCACAACAAAAGGUUUGAAACAAAUGAGAACGUAAACAUACGCAUUGCUUAAAACAAACAAACAAACAAACAAAUAGCCAGUAAAACGAAACACUUAGUUGAGGAUCUGAAUGGGGGCAUCUCGAUAACACUAGGCAUUUUAACACUAACAGUAAAAAAUUCACCUAAUCAGCUCCUCCCGUAACAGUAAUUUUUUCCAGAGAGAAGCAAGAACGGCUCCAAAAAGGUCAAUAUUAUUUGGUUUAGCAUUUCAAGGAGUUUCCGGCCAUUCUCCGGAAAUUUCCGAUUAUUUCAGAGGAUUUCUGAAGACUACCGAAGAUUCCCAAAAACUGGAGAAGAUUUUCAAGGAAACCCUUAAAAAAAAUUUGACUUUAUUUUUCUCGCUAAUUUCACAUAUGAAAGAUAUACUUUUUACAGCUUACAGAUAAAAUUUUUUUUCACGAAAAACCGGCCUCCAAACAAUUAACUGUAUUUUCCCCGGAAACAGUAAACAUUAAAAAAUUGGGCAGGUUAAUAGCAGACACUUAAAAUUUUGGCUAAAUAACAAUAAAAACUAAACCCUAUUCAAACCAUCUUAAUUUCCUUUGACUUUUAUUAAUCUAAAAGAACCUUGUGCUUUGGAGAGGUAUUGUAACGGUAGAAAUCUAUAUAUUUUUAUGUUGAAGACCAGGGAACCGAGUGUCUCCAAUGGACAUUUCUAAUUCUAAAGUCCAAAAGGAUAAGGCUUCAAAUCGACUCUAAGCGAUUUUGUAAAAUACCUCUUAGUUACUGGGUUGACCGUCAGGAUAUUGGACGCUGACAAAUGCCUUUCCACUCACUCCUCUUAUACUGAACAUACUAGCCCAGUUGUUGAUAACAGAAGUACCUUACCAGUUGUUAUGUUUUCAGAUUCAUCACAUCAUAUACUGCCAAUGACUACCCAUUGUCCUUUAAACUCCGACAAUUGAUGUUCUUCCAAGCAAAAGUUCAGAGCAAAGACAAGAGGCUGUCAAUCUUGGCUGAAAAAUGUUUCGCAACACCAACUUCUGAUCAGAAAAACUCGAAGAAACAUUUCAUAAUGGAAAAUGGGUAAGACAAAAGCAUUUUUGUCAUUGCUCUUUUCACAUAACAGUGUUUCGAAUAAUAUCCACAUUAUCUUUUUCAUUAUGUACAACACGAAACCCCACUCCAGCUUUCUCCACAUCUACCUCGAGACUAAGCCAAAGAAACAGGUUAUAAGGAAAAGAUAAGGGGUGAAUCUUGAAGAACUUUUGUCAUUACUUUCUUCAGACAACCAUCUUAUGACUAUUCUCUAUUACCUCGGCAAAACACAGCUUACAAAUGACGAAAACUCUCUGCUCUAUACUUGAACUACUUGUGUACGUAAAAUGGUAUCUGAAAUGAUUAUCAGGAAUGAUUGUAUUGCCUUUCUCAUUACUUUUUAACUUUGACAUAAACACUUAUUUGCUUGGUUAGAUGUCCGGUUGACGAUACAGUGGAACUCUAUCCCUCCCCCACGGGCACAUUUCGAUUUAGUUUGGAAGCCUUUGAAUUUGUGGAUCAGCCAUUUGUCUUCGUUCAUUGUCACAUGAUCGUCUGCAACGCGACUGAUCCGCAAUCCAGAUGUGCACGAGGAUGUGAAAAGAAACCUCGGCUCAGACGUGAAGUCCAACAUCACAAGGUAUAUUCCCUGGUGCAAGGACCAAUGACGCUGGAUCGUGAUAAGGAAUACAAGGAACUAGACAAUAAUCUCGCUAUUGACAGCAAAAUGGAUUCUACAGGUAUUACAAGCUCACAACAUUUUGCACGACAUUCACCUUUCUCUUAACGGACUUUGCUCCUUCCCGAGAUCCCUUUACCCUUUUAAAUGCUUGAACUAGUGAAAUCCCUGGCCUUACAUAAACCUGAAGGCUAACAAAGUUAGGCCGUUCGGGAGGAGCCUCCUCGGCCAUUAUAGGGUGACCCCCCCCCCUCCGAGAUAGACAUCUAAAUCUGGCCCCUGCCAUUUAAUCAAAUGCUUUGAAGCUCCACUACUACAAUUUUUUUGGUUGCAAACAGACAGCACGAACAGUUUAAAUCCCGUAAUGUUCAUUGCAACUUAACCGUGAGAACAAGUUAAAUGAAGAAAGGACCCGCAAUAUUUAUUUCAUUCCUAAUUAGUUAAAAGAAUACAGUGCUGAUGGUAACAUUAGUUAGUUGUUUUAACUUGUUGUUUGUCUUGAUUUUUGUUUUGUAGCUAGAGGCAAUUUUUCACUGCUCGCAGCCAUGGCCGCCAUGACAUGUUUGAGCAUGUUGGGUGUCACAUUCAUGAUUCUCAGAAAAAGAUCACGUGGUGACAACUACUUUUUAGUGAAAAACUGA